AUGCGUCCAUCGACGACGCUCGGGACAGUGCUGACGGUCGCUCAGCUGGUGCUGGUGUUCGUCGGGGAGCGCGGGGCCACCGCGGGCUCGCGACCCGGAUCCAGCCACCGGCUGGACGUGUACAUAGCGGGCUUCUUCCCGUACGGAGAGGGCGUGGAGAACAGCGAGACGGGGCGUGGCGUGAUGCCGAGCGUCAAGCUCGCCCUGGACCACGUCAACGAGCACUCGACCAUCCUGCGCAACUACCGGCUGCACAUGUGGUGGAACGACACCGAGUGCAACGCGGCCGUCGGCAUGAAGUCGUUCUUCGACAUGAUGCACUCCGGCCCGCACAAGCUGAUGCUGUUCGGGGCCGCCUGCACCCACGUCACCGACCCGAUCGCCAAGGCCAGCAAGCACUGGCACCUGACGCAGCUGUCCUACGCCGACACGCACCCCAUGUUCACUAAGGACGCGUUCCCGAACUUCUUCCGCGUGGUGCCCUCGGAGAACGCGUUCAACGCGCCCCGGCUGGCGCUGCUGAAGGAGUUCAACUGGACGCGCAUCGGCACGAUCUACCAGAACGAGCCGCGCUACUCGCUGCCGCACAACCACAUGGUGGCCGACCUGGACGCCAUGGGGCUGGACGUGGUCGAGACGCAGAGCUUCGUGUACGACGUGGAGGAGUCGCUCCGCAAGCUGCGCGAGAAGGACGUCCGCAUCAUCUACGGCAACUUCGACGAGUUCUGGGCCCGGCGCGUCUUCUGCGAGGCGUACAAGCUCGACAUGUUCGGCCGCUCCUACCAGUGGCUCGUCAUGGGCACGUACGGCAGCGAGUGGUGGACGGCGAACGACACCGAUUGCCUGGUCGAGCACGUGGCCACGGCCCUCGAGUCGACGAUCCUGGUCGACCUGUUGCCGCUGUCCACCAGUGGCGAUAUCACCAUCUCCGGCAUCACGGCCGAUGAGUAUCUGACCGAGUACAACAGUCGGCGAGGCAGCGAGUACUCACGCUUCCACGGCUAUACCUACGACGGCAUCUGGGCCGUAGCCAGCGCCAUCCAGUACGUGUCGCAGCGCAAGGAGCACACGCUGACCCACUUCGAGUACCGGGAGAAGGCAUGGGAGGACAUAUUUUUAGAAGCGCUCAAGAACACCAGCUUCGAGGGAGUGACGGGUCCGGUGCGCUUUUACAACAACGAGCGGAAGGCCAGCUUCCUGCUGGAGCAGUUCCAGAACGGGGCCGAGGUGAAGAUAGGCGAGUACAACUCGCUCACCGGCCGGCUAGAUCUCAGCAUCGGCCAUCCGCUCAAAUGGGUGGGCCGGAGUCCGCCCAAGGAUCGCACGCUCCGCAUCAUCGAGCACAGCCAGGUGAACAUUACGAUCUUCGUCGUGCUGGCGAGCACGUCCUGCGUCGGCAUCAUCAUGGCGACUGUGUUCCUCGCCGUCAACAUUAAGUUCCGCAACCAAAGGUAUAUAAAAAUGUCCAGUCCACACUUGAACAAUCUCAUCAUCAUCGGGUGCAUCCUGACCUACCUGAGCGUGAUAUUUCUCGGACUGGACAGUGGCCUGAGCAGCGUGGCUGCUUUCCCGUACAUUUGUACCGCUCGGGCGUGGCUACUGAUGGCCGGCUUCAGCUUGGCGUUCGGUGCAAUGUUCUCCAAGACCUGGCGAGUGCACUCGAUCUUCACCGACCUGAAGCUGAACAAGAAGGUGAUCAAGGACUACCAGCUGUUCAUCGUAGUUGGCGUACUGCUGGCGAUUGAUCUAGCCAUCAUGACCACCUGGCAGAUAGCGGAUCCGUUCUUUCGUGAAACGAAAUACAUCGAACCAUCGGAACAUCCUACACUGGAGGACGUGAUCAUCGUGCAGGAGAACGAGUACUGCCAGUCCAGCAAGAUGACCAUCUUCGUCGGCGUGAUCUACGCGUACAAGGGGCUCCUGCUGAUCUUCGGUGCCUUUCUCGCAUGGGAAACACGCCACGUCUCCAUUCCGGCGCUGAACGACUCGAAGCACGUCGGCCUGUCGGUGUACAACUGCGUGAUCAUGUGCGUGAUGGGGGCCGCCAUCGCGCUCGUCCUCUCCGAUCGGAAGGACGCCGUGUUCAUCCUGAUCUCGCUGUUCAUCAUCUUCUGCACGACGGCCACGCUCUGUUUGGUGUUUGUGCCGAAGCUGGUGGAACUUAAGCGAAACCCGAGCGGGGUGGUGGACAAGAAGGUGCGCGCCACUCUGCGCCCGGUCGGAUCCAAGAACCGGCGGGACUCGUCCGUGUGCGAGCUGGAGCAGCGGAUGCGGGACGUCAAGCAGACGAACUGCCGCUUCCGGAAGGUGCUGAUGGAGAAGGAGGCGGAGCUGCAGGCACUCAUCAAACGGCUCGCGCCGGAAGCACGCGCCUGGAUCGGGCUGGAAGCCUCCUCUUCCGAGCCGGAUAUCAACAAGGAGUCGGUCAAAGUGCAAGUGAAGAAGGAUUACGCCAGCGAAGGAACAGAUUUCACCUCCAUCGGCAGCGUGGGCUCCAGCAAUGACACGCUCGAUUCGGGCCCUGAAAGAGGCAAGCAGAAGAAAACGACCGUGGUGCUUCCCGGCGAAGAACCGCUAUCGGCGACAAAACCGACAGCCCUGGCGGCCACCACGGCGACCGCUGGAUCGCGUGUCAACCUGGCGACCGCCAUCACGACGAUGGCGGUAGGCGCUGGGGCCGGGGUGGCUUCCAUUGCGGCCGCUACCACCACCGCCAUCGUGCCCCAGGCUGCCCCAGUCGCCGCCAACGGCAUACACAACAAUGCACAAACACAGGUAGGCAGUGCGAUAGCGGCAGUCGCUACCCCCGCCCCUGCCACCACCACCAAGGCGACCCAGGUAACGCCGGUGCUGCCCAUCAACGUGAGCACCAGCGUUCCGGUCGAUCCAACCAAGCCGAUGUUCAACGACGUCCGGCGAGAGUCGGUGUCGGCCGGCGCAAAGUGGUCACCCGGCCAGCAGCUUCAACAGCAGCAUCAGCAGCAACAAACGCAGACGAUGGACCACCACCGGUACUACGAGGAUGAGCGUACCAAUGGGCCGUCGUCCAUCGGCAAGUUUAGCACACAGGCGAACAGCAGUUCUACCACCUCAAUUACCCACUCCAACACGGAGCUAAAUCAAUUGUGCCAUCACUCGAAAUCGAGUAGUAAGAGUCGAGCAGAUAUGACCAGCGAUGGGUCCCGAAGGGUGAGCGUACAGAUGACAUCCUCCCUGAAGGGUAACUUUGUCGUGUCGCAAAGUGAUCUCUGGGAUACGCACACACUCUCCCACGCCAAGCAACACCAGCGACAAUCGCCUCGGUCCCAUCAGGGCUCAAACCGAUGUCCGGACCACGGGCAUCUCAACCAGCAACAACAGCAGCAGCAGCAGCAACAGUCGCAACAAGUGCAGACUCAGCAGCAAUACGACUACGACAAUAGUGCGACCACCUCACCGGGUCCGAUCCAGCGCAGCGUGUCGGAAAAGAAUCGCAGCAAGCAUCGGCACAAACAGCAGCACAAAAGCACCGCUUGCCAGAGCGAGACGGACAGCGAGCGGGAGCAACGUGACUAUCAGAACUUCUCUUCGUCUAUCUGCUCGACGGCUGCCAGCUCCACGGCCACGGUCUCGAUGGUGGGCAGCACGGCGGGUGGCGGCGGUAGUGUCAGUGCGGGCGGCUACGUUACGCCAACCAAAAUGUCCUCGAGGCGGCUGACGAAGUCACAGCACUCCCAUCAUCACUCCACGCCGAACGUGGCACCCGGGAUGGAGCGAGCCGGGACGAUGGAUCGCAAGCACCGGAUGAGCGAGUCGCGGGGACCGGCGGACGGGAACAUGGUUGGCGCGGGCGGUGGCGGUGCGGGCUCACACAUAAGUAAACAUCGAAAGAAAGAGGGCUCGGCUUCCAAGCCCAACCUGUACGGUGCAUGCUCCGAAUCGGAGCUGCUCGACGGCGAGACGGCCAUUUUGCCGAUCUUCCGAAAGCUGCUGAACGAGAAGGAGUCUAGGUAUAGAGCGAGGAAUAUGGUAGGCGCCAGUUGCCCCAAUAUAUCGAUUAAAUGUGAUAUUGUUGAAUAUUUGUAA